ACUUACUGCCUGAGAAGUUGAACAUAAAGUAGGUUACUAACAAAUGUUUGAAAGGUUAUGUUUGGAUACAUUAUUUCAACACACAAUGAGCAUGCGUAUAAGAGACAAUUGGUAUGCAGAUCACUGGGCAGGUUGAACAUAUUUAUAUUUUAUUUCUUCAUGACAAAUAUGAGAUUGUAUGAGAGGAUCGGUUUUAGGAAUAAUGAUUGUCUUUCGAGGAUCAGGUCAAACCACAAAAGAGAAAACUUUAAGUUCUGGUCUAAGUACAAAUACAAUUCAACACACAUAUUGUGUAUUGUAAAUUGUACGAGUUGCACAUUGAGUGUCGUUGGGUCUCAAUAAGGAAUAUGCCCUUUCUUUGCCUAAUUUGUUCACUGAUGUUGGAUGCAAUACUUCCCUGUAGUGCUGUCUGGCAUGUUAAUAUGCCUAAUUGUUUUUCAGCCUCAUUAAGAUAAACAUAAAGUAGUUAUUGUUAUUCAUAUCGAGCACUAAACAAUAACAGAAACCGUUGUUUGCUCAGGCUCUCCGCCCCAUAAACUGUCACGGCUGGUACUUCCGUGGCAGGCACAGGCCUGUCCCACUUGUACCAGAGUGUUGAUGUGAGUUCAAGGGAAACGGAGAGACUCGGCACAUCUUCAUCUAAAAGGUCAUUUCUCCCUUCAGUGACGCAGCAUCUGCCGUAACAUGGAUUUUAAGGUGUCAGUGUAUUUUGAUGCAGUGAAGACGGUUUGAACGCAGGUGUAGGAAAUUGACAUGUUGGAUCACACAUGCGGGUCUGGUCGUGGUCAUGUGUCCUUCUAUGUAGAUAAUUAGCUGGACUAUCAUUUUGACAUUUCUGUCACUCUGCCUGACCGAAAGCGCGCGCGCGCGUUCACACGCAAUUCGCUGUUCUGUGUCAGCCUUGGCAACAAGGAAACAACCCUCUCCCAUUGGCCCCCUCUCAGUGUUGAGCUGUUUGCUAUUCGCCCUCCUCACUGCCACUCAGAAGCCCAAAAAAACAUGCCCAAAGACUGCUGCAGAUACAAGGGCGGCGGGGCUGGUCUGAGUGCGCAGUGGAUGCUGAGGGAGAAAAACGUCGUUUGUUAUCGUUAUGAGGGUCUUAUUGCGAUGCAAACACCACGCUUUUAUGGAUUCAUGCUUUAUCGUCAAUUCAAGCACCGCCGUGUUCUGUGAUAGUCUCACGAGACCAAUAAGAAGUGUUUAUUAUUUUGCAGCAUCUCUAGCGCAGACAAAUUGUUGCACUAAAUGCAACGUUUUCUCAGUUCAGUUUCGUCGGCCCUCUUCUUUCGUUGCAGAACUCUAAUCACCCUAAAUCAUCAGUAAUUCUGCAGUUUGUGCAGGGAAGCAUCAUGCUGACCAGUAUCACUGAAGGGAUACUGUGUUGCCUGACUGGGAAGGUUGCCAGUCUGGUCUUGCCCCUCGAGUCGACAGAACCCUCCGAUGGUUUUGAGUUUGUGGAGGUGAAACCUGGUAGAAUCCUGCGAGUGCGGCACAUCAUCCCUGAGCGUCAUCCGGUAGUAACCGAAGAGCAAGUUGCAAGCAAGGAAAAGAAGGAUGGCGAUGAUGAUGACAGCUCUCCUGAGGAUUGUAACGAGAGCAACACUGGCAGCAGUGUCCACUGCAAGAGGAAGAUCACAGUCUACCGCAACGGCCAGCUGGUGAUUGAGAAUCUCGGUGAUGCUUUGCAUUCUGAGAUCCUGCAGUGUCAGAAUGGAGAUCUGGAGCCUUGCAGCACCGUAGAGGUGGAGCUGGCUGACUACAAAGAAAUGCCCUCUUCCCCAGACCCCAAUCUUGUUCCUCCUCCAGUUCCUCCAUCUCUUGGAGAACAGAAACCUGCUCCACCUCCUCGCCGCCGCCGUCGCAAGCCCAAGCGCACGGUGCAAAUCGACUCAAAGAGGGUGAUCUCAAGCUGCAAAGGGACGCACUCGGACGUAGCGCUGUUCUUCGUGCACGGUGUGGGAGGUUCUCUGGACAUUUGGGGCAGCCAACUGGACUUCUUCUCUCGGCUGGGCUAUGAGGUCAUCGCGCCCGACCUGGCGGGGCACGGAGCCAGCACUGCCCCACACAUUGCAGCAGCUUAUACUUUUUAUGCUCUUGCAGAGGACCUUCGUGCCAUCUUUAAGAGAUAUGCUCGUAAACGCAACAUUCUCAUUGGCCACUCAUAUGGAGUUUCAUUUUGCACCUUCCUGGCACACGAAUAUCCUGAUCUGGUCCAUAAGGUGGUGAUGAUCAAUGGAGGGGGUCCCACGGCUCUGGAGCCCAGCCUGUGUUCCAUUUUCCAGCUGCCAUCGUGUGUCCUUCACUGUCUGUCACCUUGUCUGGCCUGGAGCUUCCUCAAGGCUGGAUUUGCCCGUCAGGGUGCCAAAGAAAAGCAGCUGUUGAAGCAGGGCAAUGCCUUCAAUGUGUCUCCGUUUGUCCUGCGAGCCAUGAUGAGUGGCCAGUACUGGCCUGAGGGGGAUGAGGUCUACCAUGCCGAGCUCACUGUGCCUAUCCUUCUGGUUCAUGGCAUGUGUGACAAGUUUGUGCCCAUGGAUGAGGACCAGCGCAUGGCAGAGAUCCUUCUGUUUGCAUUCCUAAAAGUCAUUGAGGAGGGAAGUCACAUGGUCAUGAUGGAGUGCCCUGACACUGUCAACACCCUCCUCCACGAGUUCUUUCUAUGGGAGCCAGACAUGUCCAGAAAAGACCGCAUCAAGACAGACACAGCUCUCAGUGACACUCUCCACACACUGAAAAUCAAUAAGCCUAUGGACAAAUAACCCACAAGGAGUCUAGUUUUAUUACACAACCAAGCAGAAGGCCUUUUGUGGCUUGUAUUCUUAAGACUGCUACCAGGCUGAGUGCUGUUAUAAACAGGGCCACAUCUUAAGGAUGCAGACGGCCACUGGUGCUCCAAGAUAAAGCAGGACUUAUAGGCAUAGCGCCGACCAGAGAACGGUGGAACGAACAUAAAGAUGAGAGGAAUGGAUGCAAAUACACAGUCAGUUUCCGCUUCGCUUUUUGAUACCAGUUUGUGGUCAAUUGUGUCACGUUUGCAAAAUGACACAAUACCUGGAGGACUAUGUCAAUUUGUGAUUUGUGUUUGAAAUAUAUCUGGCGAAGAACUGACUACUGCAAGAUGCAGAAAGCAUAAAAUACAUGAAAUGGUGAGUGACUUCCCUCACGUUAAAAAUAUUCUGUAAAGUACAGCAGAGCUUCUGUUCAACCUUUACAAAAUGUUUAUUAACUUAUCGUUGGGCCCGUCUUGCAUUUGCUUUCAGUGGGAAACUUGCAAAAUGAUGUGUUUUAAAUUGAGGAUUUACAGAUCUGACUGCUGGUUUGCCAGUAGAGUGAAGGACCGCUGAUCGUAAAACUCGGAACUGUUGAUAAUAAUAGUUUAUUAUCAAAUACUGACUGGAUAACAGUGGGACAUGGGUCAAAGUCAUUAAAUAUAUUCCGAUAUACAUGCUAAAUAUAAUGAAUAAUUUCACCACAUGCAUAUACAAAUUACGUCAUGAACAAAAAAUAUAUAUAUAUAUAUAUAAUUGUUCACCUGCAAUCCAGCCAUCUGUUGACCACGUACAAUGUGAAGUGUACACCGUUUCAAACAUAAAGACUCACAAUCACAGCUAUUGUCAAUAAAAUGUUCCAAAUUACAAUAUAUUUUCCAUAUAUUGAACUCUAAUAUAAAAUCUAACUCCAGAAAGCUAUGUGUGCCUAUGUUAUCAAUUCACAGUUGCAUGAAAAUUAAGUAAUAUUUAAUGAGGAAUUUAUGUGAACUGGUUGCCAAAACAGAUGUAAACAAACAUGGAUGCCAAAAGGUUCUUCUCCUUCAUUCUAGCAGCCAUUUCUGCAAUAGUAUAUAAUAUCCUAAGGAUACAAAGUACCGAGGCCCUGUAUGAGUUCAGAAUAUGAAAAGGUGAGAGGGUUGUGUCAGUUGCAAUAUAUUCUUAUAUUGAAAAAAUUCCCUCUGCACUCAUCUCUAGUCAAAUGACUGUCCCUUUUAAUGUGUAAGUAUUAUUUUUGCCUUUUAUUUAAAAAAAAUAGCAACUGCCAUAACAAAUUGUGGUUGUAUUGACCGCUUUAAGCUGCCGAGUGUGUUCCCCUACUCCUCUUCAGUCUAUCCUAUUUAUCUCAUAGUAUCAGACAGAAAGAAUGAGCUAAACAUUAUGCUCACUAAAAGACAUUCAUUGAUGGGUGCUGCUUUGUCUCAUACUGGGACAGUCAGGUGUGAGUAAAAGCACAGUCUGAUAUCGUAUCUAUUGACUGGAGAGUUUAUACUGUUUUAAGAAGUUGAGACUGGGAUGUCCAAAGCUUAAAAUCAAAAAUGAGUUAGCCAAAGGAGAAAGUCAGUGUACAGACCAUGCUGAUCUGUUAUAUAUGCAUUUUUGACAUGAUGCUGAUGCAACAUGACUGGUCUUAUGCAACUGGAAUAAAAUAGAGAGAAAUAGAAUAGAAAUAAACUGACUUGGCACUGACAUCUCAAAAACAUUAUAUAUUCUCUGUGGACUUUCCAAAAACCAACAAGUGCUGCUGAUGCAAUGUACUGUAGGUUUCUUUUGAUGUAAAAGCUCAGUAAAUCUGUAUGGACAACAGGGUGCACAUGUACUUCCUCUUAUGCUAAAAGUGUGCAUAUACAAAUUGUCAGUGCUCAUAUGUGCUAUAUCUUUUUGUGGUAAGCAAAAUGUGUUAAUGUUAUUGUUGCAUUUAUUCAUGGAAAUCAUAAUAAAUGCACUGCCUGAAUGUGGAUGCAUAUAACAUUAUAUCUAUCAAUAAAGUUGGAUUCAGUGUAUGAAUGUGCAUUUCCUGGCAUUAAAUAAAACCGAUGUUCACAGUCUA